AUUAAAGCUCACCAUAAAUUCCAAUUCUUAACGUCAACACCUGAGAAAACUGCCAUGCCUUGGAUUUGGGCCACCAUUGCACUUCUUCUUCUUCUUGCUAAUUACCUCUUACAGCCAUGGCUGUUCAACAGCAAGAAAUUGCCUCCUGGCCCAAAAGGGUUUCCCAUUCUGGGAUGCCUUAAUCUUUUGGGAAAAUUCCCUCACAGAGAUCUUCAAAAAUUGUCCCAAAAAUAUGGUCCAAUCAUGCACAUGCGGCUGGGACUUGUAAACACCAUUGUUGUCUCUUCCCCACAAGCUGCUGAGCUUUUCCUCAAAACCCAUGACCUUGUUUUUGCAAGCAGGCCACUUACUAUGGUCUCUAAGUUCCUCUCUUAUGGGCAAAAGAAUCUGGUUUUUGCUCAAUAUGGAUCUUACUGGCGUAAUGUGCGCAAAAUGUGUACACUUGAAUUGCUAAGUAACCUCAAGAUCAAUUCUUUCAAGUCCAUGAGAAAGGAAGAGCUUGGAUUGCUGAUUGAUCGUGUUCGAGAGAAGGCUAAUGAUGGUGCUGUGGUUGAUCUUAGUUCUGAAGUAUCGUCUCUAAGCACAGAUAUGACUUGUUUGAUGGUGUUUGGAAGGAAAUUUUCGGAUGAAGAGUUUGAUGAUAGGGGUUUCAAGACUAUGAUUCAAGAGGUGAUGCAAUUGGUUGCUGCUCCUAAUUUGGGAGAUUUUAAUAUUCCUUUUGUUGCAACGUUUGAUCUUCAAGGGCUGACUCGUCGGAUGAAAAAUGUUAGCAAAGUGUUUGAUGAGUUCUUUGAAAGGAUUAUUGAUGAGCAUCUUAAGCCAAUGGGUGCAAAAAGAAGUAAGGAUUUUGUAGAUGUCAUGCUAGAUCUAAUGGGGUCUGAAGAAACUGAGUACCAAAUUGAUCGGUCUAGCAUCAAAGCAAUAAUGUUGGAUAUACUUGGUGCUGCAAUGGACACUUCAGCUACGGUAAUUGGAUGGGCGCUACCUGAACUCAUAAAGAACCCACAGGUAAUGAAGAAAGUGCAAGAUGAAUUGGAAAAAGUAGUGGGCUUGGAUAGGAUGGUGGAAGAAUCAGACUUGGUAAAUUUAGAAUAUCUGGACAUGGUCAUUAAGGAAACUCUUAGGUUGUAUCCGCCUGUUCCGUUGUUAGUUCCACAUGAAUCUCUCGAGGAUUGUGUUGUCAAUGACUUUCAUAUUCCAAAGAAAUCGCGCGUAAUUGUGAAUGCAUGGGCAAUUGGACGAAAUCCUAGUACUUGGACUGAUCCAGAGAAGUUCUACCCUGAGAGGUUUGUUGAUAGCCAAGUGGACGUGAGAGGGAGAGAUUUUCAAUUAAUUCCAUUUGGAGCUGGUCGAAGAGGUUGUCCUGGAAUACAACUUGGUCUAACUGUGGUUCGUUUGAUACUAGCCCAACUCGUGCAUUGUUUUGAUUGGAAGCUUCCAAAUGAUAUGUUGUCAGUUCAAUUGGAUAUGACAGAAGAAUUUGGUUUAACUUGUCCUAGAGCUCAAGAUCUUAUAGUUACUCCUAUUUAUCGUAUUCAUUCCGAUGCCAAAUUCAAUUAA